AUGACUUUUCUGGUGGAUCGAACUGAUGGAUUUCGAGAGGUGGCGAAGGAAAUUGAAAUGAAAUAUAAGUUGAGAGAAGUUGGAAAGCAGAAAGAGGGACAGAAAAUGAAAAGUGGUGAGAUUUUUGGAAAAGUUGAAACAUUGGGCUUUGGACCUAGAAUAUUCAUUUUCCACGUGGAUUUUUUCGGGUCAACUUUUAUAGUUGCAAAAUUUGUGAUUAUGGGAAUAUUUUUGAAAAACUGGAUUUUAAAAUCGAAAAAAACCGUAUCUUAUCCGUCAUGAGCGUUUGGCGUUACACAUACAUGAAUAGGUGUCCCGAGCCUACUUUUUCAGUUAAGAAGCUUUCUUUUUUCUUUUUUUUUUAAGCUUUCUUUUUUAAAAAUUUCCAAAGUUAAACCUCUGUCCUUUAUGCGCAAAAAACUCAUUUUCCACCAGGGCUGCCGGGAAGCUUGUGGGAAAUCUAUUCCGAAAAUCCAAAAGAUAAAACUCCCAAUUACGUGUUGUCUUCUACAGGAAUUUUGCCACGUCAUCACGAAUCAAACCGGCCAUCCCAAACCUUCACCAACAUUUCCACAUCAAUUUCGCCGUUGGCAAAAGAAAUGUAUAGUUUCCGCAAAAUGUUGGACGAAAAAACGCAGGAUUACGUUUUUGCCACGUGUUCGUAUUCGAGCAUGACAAAUGAGGAACGAAAAGAGAUGGAUGAGACAAUUACUAUGGUAGGCGAGGUGUUUUUGCUGCGAAAAAUCCUCAUUUCUCUUUCAGUUUUUGACUCAAUUUGGCUCCUUAAUAAAUCAAUUAAAUAAUCGUAUCAAUUCGAAUUCGGAUGGUCUGAAAAAUGCUGUGGAAAGAGUUCAUCUAACCCGAGUUCACGAAUUUUUGCAAAAAUAUUUGAAAGAAAUGACGGAUUAUGUGACGGUUUUGAAGUGAGUUUUUAGAUGGGCUGGGGACUUAUGGUAGGGGUCUGAAUUUAGACCGAGACUUAGGCUGAAAAAGUGAGAUCUAUCAAAUUUUUCCAGACGAGAACAUCUGAAACGUAUCCAAUCGAAAAAUCGAACAUUAUCCGAUCGAAUCAAAGAUGCUCAAAAAGAUGGCUAUGUUUUUGUGUAUAAUAAAAGCCUUGAUGACGUGGCACAAAGUCCAAAACUAAAUGUUUCAGGUUAAUCUGAAAAAAGUGUUAGGCCCUCAAUAAAUCUCGAAAUUUCCAGCCAAAUUGGUUUCCAAGUUAUUGGAACUCAAGGAAAAACACGCUUGUCUUCAAUAUUUGCCGCAAGAUGAGAAUAAAGAGGAAUUGAGAGAUUUUGAUGUGAUUUGUGAAGAGCCUGAAGAGAUGGAAAAUGGAUGGGAAAAUGAGGAUGGAUGGGAUGAGAUAAAGGAGGUGCCUGGAAUUGAAAUUGAAAAAACAAAAGCUGAAAAUAUUGUGGAGAAUCGGAAGAAUGAGGAAAAUGGAGAUUCGGGUGUCAGAAACCGUAAGAAAAAUGCGGGAUUUUUGAUGGAUGAAGAGCAUGAGGAUAUUAGAAAUAGUUUUGAAGGUACGGAGAGAUUUUUGGGAUGGGAUUUUGAAAAAAAUAUAGAUAAAAAAUUGUUUCCAAAAUAAAAAAAAGCCCCGUGAGAAAUCCCCGAACAUCGAAAAAAACGCCAAAUUUAUUGCGAAACCCCCCUUUUAAUUUUGAUAAUUUUGUUUAAAUAACAUGAGAAUUCAUUUUUCUCUUAAAAUUCACGAUUUUUUUUUGGUGCAAAUUUGGUAAAAUCGAUAUAAACAUAUUAUGUAUCAUCCUGUAAAACUGGAAAGUUUUCCAGUUUCACAAAUCCUUCUUUUUCGAGCCAAAAUUUUGUGAUCAGGGCAUUUUUGACGUGUUCGAUCCACAGCCAAAGCAUUUCUAAUAGAAAUAGCACCUGAUUUUAUAAAGAGUUCUUUGUUUCAAAAAAUCUUCAAUAAAGUUUCACUUCAAAAAUCACAAAUUUUUUUCAGCCUGGCGUGCCACACAAAAAGACGAUUUUGCCCACCAAUUUCAAGAACAAACCGAAAUAAUGCGAGAAGAAUAUUUGAAGAAUGAAAAAGAUGACGAAAUUGAGAAUUUGGAACAACAAAUUUCCGAAAUUCAAUCACUGUCUUCGGUUUUUUCGGAAAAGGUAGGUUUUGGAGUGGUGGGGAGGGGGAGAUAAUAAACAAAUAAAAUGCAACCCUCAACUUUUUGAAAAUUCGGAGAAAAAUAUGUUUUCAACUUUAAAAAAUUAUUUGUACCGCUUAAGCGGCCCAGUUAUGCUAACUCCAGAAAAUUUCAUAUUUUAGACUAAAACCACUUAUUUCUCCAGAUUAUGGAUCAAGAACGUGAUAUUGAUAUAAUCAAUGAUUUGGCUCUUCAUACAACAGAAAAUCUAGUCGACGGAAAUGAAUGGAUUCGAAAAGCAAUAACAAAUUCAGCAUUGAGAAGAGUUAUUCUUCUUUUUUGUAUCAUUGUGCUGACGUUUACUCUUUUGUUUUUGGAUUGGUAUAACCCCUAA